CAGUGAAUGGUUAUAUCUGGAGGGAGUACUAAGAUGGCCAUGAUGAAGUUCGAAAAGCAGCGGCUAUGUCGCACGGUCACAGUCAUGGUGGAGGCUGCGCUUGUGGAGCUGAACGGACGGAAACACCGGAGCGCGGGGUGGAGUACGGACUGUACAAAAAGAUUGAUUUACACAAGCUGCAGUGUCUGAACGAAAGCCUGGAGGGGAGUGGGAAGGGAGUGUUCAAGGCCUGGGAGGAACGUGCAGAUCGGAGCCGGUUUGUAGAAAGCGACGAGGAUGCAGAAUUGCUAUUCAACAUCCCGUUCACUGGCAAUGUGAAAUUAAAAGGGAUUAUUCUUAUUGGAGAGGAUAGUGAUGCCCACCCAUCAGAAAUCAGAUUAUUUAAGAACGUUCCUCACAUGAGCUUUGAUGAUGUUAGAAGGGAAGCAGAUCAAGUUUUUGGCUUAAAUAUCGAUACUACUGGAGAACUGGAAUAUCCUACAAAAAUUUCUCGCUUUUCAAGUGUAUCUCAUCUGUCUAUUCACAUUUCCAAAAAUUUUGGAGCUGAAAACACCAAAAUUUACUACAUUGGAUUACGAGGAGAGUGGACAGAGGCACAUCGCCAUGAAGUAACAAUCUGCAACUAUGAAUCUGCCGCAAAUCCAGCUGACCAUAAAAUGACACAGAUUACUCCUCAAUCUCACUUUAUCUCCUAGAGCGACUGCAGCAGACCACAACUGGCUUUAAGUAAAGCGUGCUUGAAUAAACCUAUUCCAUCUUA